AUGGAGUCGUCUACACCCCAUACUGUUUGCCCACCUUCAUCCAUCCAGGGCAUGAAUCUCCACAGCGUUACUGCAGGGCUUUCCUCGAGGACUGCCAGGUUUGCUUAUCUGUUUCUGGAGAGGUCAAAGAAAUCCGGGGGCCCGCAUAUUUCUCACGGCCGACCCCCCGCGUCUAACUUGAGUCGACUAGGCCCAAAUAACCCCGUUGCCACACUGCCCCGGCGUGCGUUCUUCUUCAUUCCAUGCAAUCAUGCUGCACCAACACCCAUGGUGUGCUUCUUCGGCAGCCGCUUGGGCGUCUUCAGCGGCUUCAGCGAUACAUACGAAUCAUUCCGCACUGCGAGCUCUACCCGUGGGGCAUUCCGACGCAACCCCCACGUCUUGCAUACAUGA